AUGUGGAUCCUCGAAUCGAAUGGAGACUUUCUCCAAGGAAAGCGAAUGUGGCUCAAGCCUGGGCAGAAAUAUUUAUUUGGCCGAGUGAAACGGGAAGGCGUACAGUUUGCCAUUGACCACAGGACUGUUUCAAGGAAGCAUUUUGUCAUAGAGGUUGAUCCUGUAAAAGAAGGCGACGCGGCACAAAUACACGCCCGAACAAAGAUCAGGAUCGAAGACCAGAAAUCCAAAAGUGGCACUUCGGUCAAUGGUGAACUCAUCAAGGGCGCCUCUAAGGAACUGAAGAGCGAGGAGAACUCAAUACGCCCUGGGACGUGUCCUCAUGAGAUUAUCAUUAAAUGGCAGCCAUGCGUGCUCACAUUCAACCUCCUCAAGAAGGAAAUCAAGUCGGGCAGUCUCAAAACCAAACAAAAUCAAGUCCAAAACCUGGACAUCAAGGCCAUCAGCGACUUCAUUCCGGAACAUACCACGCACGUGGUUGCAAAUAAGCGGAACACUGCAAAGGGUUUGCUGGCUUUGGUUACAGGCAAGUACUUGGUGGCUGAGUCGUACCUUGACGCUUUAGAAUACGCGGCGACACCGACCAAUUUAAGCCAGGAGGAAAAUCUUUCGCUCCUAGAAACCGACUUUGACAGUGCAUGGCCGGACCCGGCAGGCCAUCUUCCUGCUCCGGGAAGAGAGCCUACCAUCCGGCCGGCAGAAACAUACCAGCCUGAUCCGUCACGAAUCACCGUUUUUGAAGGCUAUACAUUCGUUUUCGGGGAUCAAACCCAGUAUGACAAUCUGCUCCCAGUCAUCACCAGUGGUCAUGGAAAAGCACUCUUGUUCAAAGUGAACCAUAGUGAACCAACAGCAGAUGAACUCUUGAACUUUUUACAACAUGCAGCGGGGACCAAACGGACUGAUGACAGCAGGGGUUGGUCAGAUAUCAAGGUCGUUCUGGUGCGAUGGCAGGGGAAAGAUGGCAUGCAGGAACGGACAAACACUCUAAUCAAUGAGGCUGCUAUGAAGAUGGACCAACGGGCUAUUGACCAGUCGGAAUUUCUGGACGCAAUACUGGCAAAUGAUGCCGGUUCACUUCAACAGAGCAUUCCUUUCGAAAGCACCACUGAUGGAAGGAUAGCUCCUCCUCCGUCCGCAGCAAACUCCAGUGUCACACAGAAGCCCGCCGAGGUCCGAGAGAAUCUCUAUCGCCCAUCCCAGAGAGUGGGAACAGAGCCGCUACAAGCGGAGCCCGUGCAGCAAUCAGGAGUUGAUUCCGGUACAGAACCUGCACCUUCCCAACCUCCCUCUCACAGUGCCUCUCAAGUCAGCCAUGUUGAAGAGAGGCUCACACGCCCGUUUUCGGGACCUCGAUUCACCCAAUCAAGCCGGUUCAAAAAUUUUGAUGAUGGUUUCGAUCCUGAUGCCAUCGAUGACUACGAUGUUGAGGAUGAGGAGCAGGAGGUAUCCGUCUCCGAAUCUGGGCUCGAACCCAUGGUCCGCACGCAGUUAUUAAUUAUAAAAAAAGAGCCGCAGCCGACCGCGGGCAAGCGGGCACGUUCUCCAUCCGAACAGUCAGAAGAUGCAUUUGCUGAUGAAAUCGAUAACCUCCUUCCAGCAGCAGCGGCUUUUAAGCGUCGAAAGCUUACUGAAGCACAAGCUAAUAAAAAUACCAGCGCUACCAAUAACCAAAUCGUGCGGCAGGCUGCAACGAAGAAAGGCAAGAAAGAACAAGCGAUCGACGUCCGCGAAAUUGUGAGAGUGCAACGGGCAGAAAAGGAAGAGGCCGCCAGAAGAGAGGAAGAAGAGCUCGAAAAUGGGUCGCCCUUCGUUGAGGACAAGUCGCCAGCGAAUCUGGUUGCCAUUGUGACAAUGGAACUUCCCAUGCGGGAAAGAUCCAAGCGGACCAUCGGAACCGACAGUCAACGCAAUGAAAACUGGGACCCAAGGUGGAACGGCCGGAAAAACUUCAAAGGCUUCCACAGAAAGGGUGAGCCUCUACAGCGGCGAAGUCAUGCGAGAAAGGUCAUUGUACCUCUUGUGGAAGUCAAGGGAAAUACCUACGGGCUUGGUGAGCAAUACUGGGAGAAGACGCAGGAGGAGAAGGAGCGAGAAAAAGAACGAAAGAGGAAAGAAGAAGCCAGAAACCAAAAACAGCAAAGUCAAACACAGCGCUCUAGUGGAACCAGAUCUUCGAGAACCCGUGUUGUUUCUGAUCAUGAGGAAGAGGACGACAGUUUUGGUGAAGACGUAGACAACCCAGUGUCAGCAAGACCAGGCAUGACGCAGCUUCAGCGCGAGGCCGCUGAGAUUGUACAUCAUGAAAUCCACACAGACACCCCCAGGCUGACGCGCGCUGCCGGCAGGAGUCAGGCGUCUAGUGUACGGACCGGCGUGAAUGACCCAACACAGCGCGGACCGGGCGUGCCCAUGUCAAGUAACAACUCCACUUUGAUGUCUGGCAAGAGAGCUGCAAGUUCGAACACGAGUACCAGAGAACCGAAACGUCAGAAGACGCUGCCAGUCACCGUCGCCCAUGCGAAGGACAGUGAUGAUGACGAUGAUAGUGAUGAUCUGAAAUUUCGGUUUGGUUCUAAAGCGCGCAGAGGCAGGGGUGCUCGCGGUAAAGGCCAGCACUGA